AUGGCUUCUACUUUCAAUUCCAUUGCUCAGAUCACCGCAGAAAAAGAAACUUGGAAAAUACGUGUUAGGUGUGAGCGAGUAUGGUUUAAGUUUAUGAGAAGUCAACCCGAUGUUCGCACUGCAAUGGAAAUAUGUGUUCUAGACGAGGAGGGUGAUAAGAUUCAAGCCAUAAUUCCAAAAUGGCGUAUUUCGAAGCUGGAGAAUAUUAUUAAGGAAGGAUCAUUCUAUGUACUAGAAAAUUUUGAAAUACUUCCAAAUAAUGAUGAGUACGCGCCAACAAAACACCCUUAUGUUUUGAAGUUUCACGAGUGCACUUCUGUUAGGCCAUCGGGGAUUGUCAAUAUUCCCCGUUACAUUUUUAACUUCGUCAACUUCAGCGACCUUGCGAGUAAUGCUGAUUACUCUUUGCGCGUGUUUGAUGUUAUUGCCGAAGUGUAUGGUAUGGAUGAGCUGGUUAAAUACGACCGGGAUGGUCGCCAAAUGAUGAGGAUUAAGGCACAUUUACGUAACUUGAGCGGAGAAUCUAUUGAUUGUACUUUGUGGAACGAAUUUGCAAUCCAAAUGGCUGAAUAUUGGAAUAACAAAAAUUGGAAUGUCAAAAAAGGCGAUCCAGUAGUCAUCAUCCUUCAGCAUGCUAUGGUCAAGAGAUGGGGAGCAUAUGUCAACUUGCAAAAUUCGUUAUUUGCAAGCAAGUUGAUUAUCAAUGAUGAUCUGGAGGACAUUAACUCUUAUGUGAAGAGCUUGAAGGAAAAUCCUAUUCAGUUAUCAGUUUCUAAUUUGUCGAGAGAUGAUUCAUCCCGUAGAUCGGCUUCAGAGAUUGAUGAAUUCCCAGCUGAGUUAGAGUUUAAAUCCAUUGCUGAUUUGGAUUCAAUAAAUGAGGAGUGUUCAUGCAUUGUUUACUGCAAGAUUCUGCAUAUUCAAGCCAAUCAGAAUUGGUACUAUAACGCUUGCAACAAGUGCUACCGUAAAGUUAAUGAACAAAAUGACAAAUUUUGGUGCUACCAUUGUAAAGUUUGCCCUGAUGCUGUUAUUGUACGUUACCGUGUGCACGUACGAGUAGAAGACAAGGGAUGUACUGCAACUUUUGUUCUUUUUGAUUCUCAAGUCUCUACACUCAUUGGAAAAAAAGCUGCAGAUCUGAAACGAGCAUUGGAAGUUGCUGGUGAAAUUGAAUCAUUUCCUGACGAGCUAGAGGUAUUGGCGAAAAAAAGUUACUUGUUCAAGCUAGACAUAAAUGCGUACACUCUACGGCAGCGGCAACGAGUAUACACCGUAUCCAAACUCACAGAUGAUUCAUCAGUCAUUUCUAAGUGGUGUAACAUUUGCCAAGAUGACAAGAGUACUGUAUCGUCUGUUGGUGAUAAUGCAAAGUCUUCUGAUCUUACGCCAACUUCAAGGAAGCGUCUUGUUAUUGAUUUUAACGAUGAGGUUAUUAUUGAAGGAGUGGCUCAUUCAGAGCAGUCAUUCACGGCUAAAAAUGCAAAAGUGAAGAUUGAGAAAUGA